GCAGCUAAUGAGCAGCAGAGAGAGAACUAUGAGAAGCCACCUGCGACGUCAAUGGAAAUUGUGGAGUUUGGAAAUCAGAAGGAACUGAAAAGAAGCAGGGGAAACCAAAGGCAAAAUGAGAAGAACAACUCCUCUGCCUCUCAGGAUGCCAAACUUUCUGAACAUCUCGCUUCAGGCUCAGAUCAAGAAGAGUGUCCUGUCUGUGGGAGAAAGGGCAAAUGCAAAUCACAAUUAAACACACACUUCAGUGUUUCCAUGGGAGAGAAACCAGACAAAUGCAUGGAAUGUGGGAAGAGCUUCAGUCACAAUGGAGAUCUACAUAAACAUCAAAGCACUCACACAGGGGAGAAAUACAAAUUCAUGGAAUGUGGGAAGGCCUUCAGUAAGAGUGAACAUCUCAGUCCCCAUCAGAGGACCCACACAGAAGAGAAACCUUAUAAAUGCAUGGAAUGUGGGAAGAGCUUCAGUGAGGGUGGAACUCUACAUAAACAUCAAAGAACCCACACAGGGGAGAAACCCUAUAAAUGCAUGGAAUGUGGGAAGAGCUUCAGUCAGAGUGGAAGUCUAUGUUUACAUCAAAGAACUCACACAGGAGAGAAGCCUUAUAAAUGCAUGGAAUGUGGACAGAGCUUCAGUCAGAGUGGAAGUCUAUGUUUACAUCAAAGAACUCACACAGGAGAGAAACCUUAUAAAUGCAUGGAAUGUGGGAAGAGCUUCAGUCAGAGUGGAAGUCUAUGUUUACAUCAAAGAACUCACACAGGGGAGAAACCUUAUAUAUGCAUGGAAUGCCAGAAGAACUUCUGUGACAGUGGAACUCUACAUAAACAUCAAAGAACCCACACAGGGGAGAAACCCUAUAAAUGCAUGGAAUGUGGGAAGAGCUUCAGUCAGAGUGGACAUCUACAUUCACAUGAAAGAACUCACACAGGAGAGAAACCUUAUAAAUGCAUGGAAUGUGGGAAGAGCUUCAGUCAGAGUGGAAGUCUACAUACACAUCAAAGAACCCACACAGGGGAGAAACCGUAUAAAUGCAUGGAAUGUGGGAAGAGCUUCAGUGACAGUAGAGAUCUACGUUCACAUCAGAGAACUCACACAGGGGAGAAACCAUAUAAAUGCAUGGAAUGUGGACAGAGCUUCAGUCGGAGUGGAAGUCUACGUUCACAUCAAAGAACCCACACAGGGGAGAAACCAUAUAAAUGCAUGGAAUGUGAGAAGAGCUUCAGUGACAGUAAAGAUCUACGUUCACAUCAGAGAACCCACACAGGGGAGAAACCUUAUAAAUGCAUGGAAU